CUUUGCGUUGGCUUUUGGGAAAUGUAGUUGUAAUGCUACCGACGCGGUCUGUUUGCGACAGAAACUACAACCCCCAGAUGCCACCGCGACACUUCUUGUCGCUGCCCGCGAACCAACGGUUCUGGAGGCCAGGGCUAACUGGGAGCAUCUGUCUGGCGAUGGAUUCUGAAUUGUCACACAGUGUACUUGGGAGCUAUCUUAACCCUCCAGAAAGAAGGUUUGCACCACCAUUCCCAGAGAAGGGAGCAUCUCAGAACUGCCACCCUGUGAACUCUGCUAAAACGUUUAAUAGUCCAAACAACCAAGCACUUGUUUCAGCAUUAAAGACUCUCCAGGAGAAGAUUCAUCGUCUGGACCUGGAGAGGACACAGGCUGAAGACAACCUGAACGCUCUAUCCAGGGAAGCAGCAGAGUAUAAAAGGGCCCUGGAAAAUGAAACAAGUGAGCGGAACCUGGCGCACCAGGAGCUGAGUAAACAGAAGAAAGAUAUAAGCAUUCAGUUAAGCUCGGCGCAGUCUCGCUGUACCCUUCUGGAAAAGCAGCUGGAGUACACAAAGAGAAUGGUUCUCAACGUAGAGCGGGAAAAGGCGAUGAUCCUAGAGCAGCAGGCCCAGCUCCAGUGGGAAAAAGAGCAAGAUCAGAUGAAGCUGCACGCCAAGCUUGAGAAGCUCGAUGUCUUAGAAAAAGAGUGUUUUCGACUGACAGCAACUCAGCAGACAGCAGAGGAUAAGAUCAAGUAUCUGGAGGAGAAACUGAAGGAGGAAGAGCACCAGCGCAAGUUGUUUCAAGACAAAGCGUGCGAGCUUCAAACUGGACUUGAAAUCAGAAAAAUCUUAAUGUCCACGAUUUCAAAUUCAAAGCACUGUAAAGAAAAGAAGAAACCACCAAAGAAAACUAAGUGUUCGAAAACAGAGCCACCUCUGCAAAUGGACCACAAGUUCAGAGCGCCGACUUUUGCGAGGGAGGCACGGUGUCCCUCCAAGCCUCUUGGAACAACUCCCCGUGCUGACGCUGAGCCUCAUAACUCAGGAGAGCCCGUUUCCAUUUGUGACAAUUUGUCUGAACUCUUGUUGGCAAUGCAAGAUGAGUUGACCCAAAUGAGUGUAGAGCACAAAGAACUGCUGAAGCGAAUGAGGCAAACCGGAAGCCAGUCCGUCUCCGAAGACAUAGAGCAUGAGCUGGAUCAGCUAGUCAGGAAGAUGGAGAGCAAAGGGGACCAGAUCGCCAAACUCAGGAAGCAUCAAGACAUUGUCUGUAAACUGCAGCAAAGAGUUCAGAACUCAAGGAUAAACAAAUCUUCAGGUAUCCAUCAAGAAGAUAGCAAGAACAUGAAGAACAGCCCUAGGAAAUGUGUGAAUGAAGCGAACCUUUUCCAGAAAAACAGCAGCUCUCACCCAGUUCAAGUUCACAAUGUCCAGCUGAAGCUGAGGAGAGAUGACAUCACCUGGGAGCAGUGACUGAUGGACGCGGUAGCAAACUGUCACCUUAAAUGAACCUCGCCCGUGAGAUCUCACGCUGUCUACGUGGUUUUUAUUUCAUAUACUUUUGGGAACCCUUGAAUUAUGUUUCUGGCUUCUAUCUAAUGUGAAGUUGUAUAUUUUCGUAAUACUGGCUGAUGCCCCACCAAGAACCCCCGACUAUAAAUGAUUGCUUUUUGUUGUUAUUAACAAAGGCCCCUGGGCGCAUCAAGUUUGACACG